AGACUUUAGUUAUAGGUAAUCUGUGUUCUAUUGACCGAUCACCGAACACAUUUUGAUUUUAACUAAAAUGUAAACUAAUACUAUUUACUAAUUAUAAAUCACUUCAAUUGUGGUUAUUUAUAUGUAAAACCUUAACUUUUAUUAACAAAAGCCGUAAUUACAAACUAUAUGAUGUCGAACGUUAUAAAAUUUACCCUGAAACAGGUUAUGCCUGUAUCAAAAUAUUUUUCUUCCUUACUUAACCCAGUUUAUAAUAAAAAUGCGCGACAAUAUAGCAGCAGUCAGAAGAAUACUACAAAUGCACAUGAUAUUUAUGAACAAUUUACUGAUUGGGAAACAUUGAAUAAGAAGAAAUCUAUUAGUAAACCAAUGAAGGCUUACUUGGAACGAGCAAGAGAAAAUGAUGAUUUUAUGAAAAAGCAACAAAUUGAGUACAACAUCGGUAAAAGGCAUCUAGCUAAUAUGAUGGGUGAAGACCCUGAAACAUUUACACAAAGAGAUGUAGAUAGAGCAAUUGAAUAUUUGUUUCCUAGUGGUAUUUACGAUCCUGCAGCCAGGCCGUUAAUGAAGCCACCUGAAGAAGUUUUUCCAGCUAGAAAAGCUGCCGAGUUUGAUGAAGCUGGGCGACCUCAUCAUUUCCUAUUUUAUACUGGAAAACCAAACUUUUUUCAAUUACUCUAUGAUGCUGCAGAACAUCUAGAAAACUUGUACAAAUUUGAAGAUAAAGUAAUAAGAAACAAAGCCAACCCAGAUCAAAAUAGUAAACUAGAACUAUCAUCAAGUGUUUGGGUUUCCAAAGAUCAACUGGAAAUAAUGCUUGUUGAAAAAAUUUCUGAUCUUGAAUAUGAUAAUUUUAAGUUAGUCAUGGAGAGGUUAGUGUCUACACCAUAUUCUUACAGAUGCAUUGAUUUCAUUGAGAAGUAUAGGAAGCCACUUGCCUCUCAGAAAUUUGCAUUAGAAAUACCUAAGCCCAGUUUUGAUGAAGAAGGUAGAGCAUAUAUUACAACAUAUGAAUGUUUAAGGAAGAAAGCGAGAGGGGAUGUCACCAUUCACUCUCCUGGAACAGGAAAAAUUAUAAUUAAUGGUAAAGACAUAACCUAUUUUGAGGACAUACAGUCAAGAGAGCAAGUAAUAUUCCCAUUGAUAUUCACUGGCCUUCAGAAUAAAGUGGAUGUAGAGUGCAACAUCGAAGGUGGAGGUCCUUCAGGGCAAGCUGGGGCAAUAAGAUGGGGCAUAGCUUGGGGCCUACGUAGUUUUGUUGAUAAAAGUAUGCUUGAAUCAAUGCAAGUUGCUGGUUUGCUAACUAGAGAUCAUCGUAGAAGAGAAAGAAAGAAGCCAGGUCAACCUGGUGCAAGGAAGAAGCCUACAUGGAAGAGGAGAUAGAUUCAGAGUGUAAUGUACAAAAUAUUUAAUUUCUUCAUAAAUGAUAGGAGAUAGGAAUUAAUGAAAAUAUAAUAGACAAUAAAAAGUUAUAUGUAAUUAUUUUGUACAACAAUUGUUCGCAUCAAGUGAAAUAGAAAUAAAAGACAAUCAAAAAUA